GAUGGGGACUCGGGCUGGCAGCAGCAGAUCGCGGCGCAAACAAGAAGUUGCGCGUCUUGUCAACACGCACCCGGGCGCCUCAUUACCAAGUGAAUGGAUGAUGAGCUGUCAGGUAGCAAGUCUUGAGGACGCACGUCAAUUUCCUUUAAUGUUCUCGGCCACUUGUUAAACAUGAAAGGGGGUGGGCGCGGGUAUAUAUAUAUGAGACCAUCUCCCCCGGCAGAGGAAUUCGUCAUUAAACACCAUGCGCUCAUUGGGAGGCCUGCGCGUCGCGCUGCACGCAGCGCUGCUGCUGCUGCUGCUGCCGCUGGCGCGGGGGGUCCACGUCUCCAGGGCCGGAGUCUACCUGCGGCCGCUGCGGGGCCCCUCGGCGCUGGAGCGGCCCCCCGCGCACCACCUGCCCACCUACAUGGUGCACCUCUACAGGAACUUCAAGUCCAACGUGUCCGGGCCCGUGGACGCCGCGGAGCGGGCGGACACCGUCAAGAGCCUGCAGGCCAAAAGUUUGACGUACAGACACAGGCGCUGGGUUGCGACCUUUGACCUCCACACCCUGCUGGCCGACAAACAGAUCCAGACAGCGGAGCUGCGAGUCAGGCUUCCUCGGACACCGAGUGCACACAACAUCUCCGUGGAGGUCUAUCACCAGCGCGGUCCCGCAUGCCAUGCUCACAAGAGCUGCCAAGAACAGCAGCUGGUGGGGCUGCUCACGGGGUCCUCACUGGUCACUUCAUCACAGAGCUGGAAAGUGUUCAACAUGACAAGCCUUCUCUUGGACUGGCUCAGACAGAAAUCAUCAGCGAGGAUUCGACACAAAAGAGUGGCGGGGAGAAGGAAAGCGGCAAAGACAAAGGGUGGCCUGUCUCUUCCCGGUCAGCCUGUCUAUGUGGCGAGCCCGGGGAGAGAUCAGGAUGUCAGUGACCAAGCCCUGCUCGUCGUCUUUUCGCACACUGGCUCGGAUGAAAGCUCGAAGGCCAAAGCAAGCUUACUUCACACGGCUGAAAAAUCCAAGUUCUUGUCCCCUGCCGAAAUCAAAAAGGCUCGCUGGCCGAAGAGGCGCAGGAGCAAACGGGGCCAGAGGGAACAAGUGGGGAGAAGCCCGCAGGUGUCCAAAAGAGGGAGUGAAAAAUCCCUCUGUCGCAGAGUCGACCUGCAUGUAGACUUUAAUCAAAUAGGCUGGGGGUCCUGGAUCAUCUUUCCCAAGAGGUACAAUGCCUACCGCUGUGAAGGUUCCUGCCCCGGUCCUCUGGGAGAAGACCUGAAUCCAACGAAUCAUGCUUACAUGCAGAGUUUGCUGAAACAUUACCACCCCGACAGAGUGGCUUCGCCCUGCUGCGCCCCGACCAAAAUGAGCCCAUUGAGCAUGCUGUACUACGAGAACGGAGAAAUGCUCCUUCGACAUCACGAAGACAUGAUCGUGGACGAGUGCGGCUGCCAGUGACAGCUGCGACCGGCACCUCCAGGCUUUACCUGAGCUGCUGGUGCAGCAUAAGAGCAAAAAGACAAAAUGCUGAACAGCAGCGAAGCGAUUUCUGAGAAACAAAGGAAAACACUUAGCUAGAAGGAAGGGGAAAAAAAGAAGCUCUUUGAUACUUGUCACUGUCCACUGUAAGAUUGUUGCUGAUCUACAACAUGUGCAGCAACACGACUCGACUUUGUGAUGUGAGCUCUGGUUUGUAAGGAGAACAUUGUUAUUUUCAUACGUGCUGAAACACAAACUCUAGCUGUGUGCUGCUGUCACAGCUAACGCCGAAGGUUAUUUCUCCUUGACUUAUCAAUUUCAUCAAUGUAAAUAUGAAACGGCAAUGUUAUUGAAUAUUCCAGCACUGUUUUAUUGUACACUACCAUUUGUGUAACUGUAAAUUAAUGUAUAUUUAUUGUAAAUAUAAAAAAAUGUGUAUUUAUGUACAUUUUACACAUGGAGUAUGUACUUUAUUAUGAUUUAUUACUUGUAUUUUUACUUUUUGGGGGGGGCAUGUUAGUAUAGCAAAGUUAUAUAAUAGCAUGCCAUUGACUGUCUGAUCCCAUUUGUGAUCUUGUUCACUCGUUCUUUGAUCAGAUAUUUCCGGAUUUAAAUCCUUUCAUUUCUUUCUUGCUGGCUUGUGAUUUGACAAAAUAUAUCUUCUGAGAAAUCUGGCGGCACUUCUUACAGUGAGGUUUGGAAAAUGGAUUGCUUUGACGUGAUAGUCUGAUAGCACAACUUUCUCUGUGCUGGGCUGUUUGGUUUAUGCUGUCACGCAACAAUAACACAUAACCCCCUGCUUGGAUCACUGGCAUAUCGACCUGGAUCUGCUGUGUGCAAUUCAAAAGACACACCAAAAAAAGGCGGAUCUUUCUAGUUUCACAGUGUUUCAGUCAUCCACAGUGAGUCAACAGCCAUAUUCCACUGAAGUUCACAAAUUCCAAACAAAGCUCUAUGCAGCAGAUCAAUAUCCAGCAAAUACUGUAAAGUGGCUGCUGGUUGAAACAAUGCAAAAACUAAGUUCUAUUCUUCUGAGGCCAGAGGGCUCAUUGUAUUCAAAUCCUUUGAAAAUACACUGACUCACCAGGAAUUUGCCAGAGUCACGACCAUGGCAGUGGUCAAACUGGGA